AUGCACGUGCACUCGUUCUCGGAGCACGCGGUUAACGGGCUUUUCUCGCCCAUGGAGGCGCACUUCGUGCACGUGCACGAGAGUGACCCCAACGUCCUCGCCGUCGUCGGCGUCAUGAUCCGCCUGCAGCGCCACGACGAGGCCUCCGCCUGGGUCGACACCUGGCUGCCCAAGACCCCCGCCGAUGUGAACGGCACGGUCACCAUCGACAUUCCCGACAACUUCUGGGCUGACAUGAUCGACAUGUCCAUGGGUUUCUGUCGCUACCCCGGCUCGCUCACCACCCCCGACUGCAACGAGAUCGUCGAGUGGCACGUCGUGCGCAAGGCCAAGUUCCUCUCCGUGGCCCAGACCAUCACUUUCAUGAACAUGCUGGCGAAGCUCAACACCGAGCGCACCGACAACCGCCUUCCCGAGCCCGUGAACAACCGCACUGUUACCUACUACCCCAACAUCUCCUCGUAG